AUGACUACAUCAUUAAAAAUUAAAAACAAUAACGUUAUAAUGGAGACAUCGAAUGGCGGAAACCCAGUGACAGGCAGUACCAAAUUUGAGUUAGAAAAAUGCGAUGACUUGAUUGAUGAGAACUGGCUACCAAAUGAUUCGGACACUGACUCUGAUAAUAACAAUGAUACUAAUAAUAUUGAUAACAUUUAUAACAGCGAUACUGAAGACGACUGGGACAUGGAUGAGGACGAACCAACAGCAUUGUCAAACGUAGUCGAUUCUUCCGAAACAAACAUUUGGACUGAAUUUACUUCUCGUCAGAAAACUUUUACAUUCACUGGGCGAUCAGGCUUGCAACAGCCCAUUCCAACCGAUAUUUCCUGUAUCGAUGCAUUUCUCCUAUUUGUUGACAACGACGUUAUUGAAGUAAUUGUAUCAGAAACAAAUAAAUAUGCUGAGGAAUAUGUAAAUAAAGGUGCUCUUACCAGAUUUUCUCGAAAAAAAAAUUGGAUACCAACAACAGAUUUUGAAAUGAAGAAUUUCCUUGGCCUUCUUUUGUGGAUGGGUUUGGUGAAAGUCGGGAGUUUAAAAGACUAUUGGUCCAAAGAUUUGCUCUACAACUUUUCAAUUCCGGGGAGAACAAUGUCACGCAAUCGCUUUCAACUAUUGCUUAGUUUCCUGCACUUCACAGACAAUAACUCAAUUGUACCAGGUGAAAACAUAGUAAUUGAUGAGACCCUUAUUCCAUGGCGAGGCAGACUAUCAUUCCGACAAUAUAUACCAAAUAAAGCUCAUCCUUAUGGUAAAAAGCUUUUUAAGCUCUGCGCUACUGAAGGAUUCACCUGGGCGUUGAAAAUAUACUCCGGAAAGUCAUCAAGUGGAUUGAGAGAAGUCGGUUUGGCAAAAAGUGUUUGCGAGGAUCUGAUUAUUGAAUUGGCUCGUUCAAUGCUAGAUCAAAAAACACAUGUUGUCGGUACACUUCGUGCCAACAAGAAACAUUUCCCAAAAGAAGUUAUGAUUGCACCUAUAAAGAAAGGCGAAGUAGUGGCUAGAGAAGAUCCCAAUGGUAUAGUUGUUCUGAAGUGGAAAGAUAAACGCGACGUCAGAAUGCUAACUACAAAACAUGCCCCGAUAAUGGUAUCCCCAACAGAUGGAGCACGUAAUUCUGAAGAGCCUUCAACUAGUCGAGGAGCGAGACGUAAAAGACGAGCAACAGAAAACCCAUUGGCUGUGGUAGAAUAUAAUAAGGGAAAGCAGGCAUUGAUAUUUCCGACCAAAUGGCUUCUUACUCAAAUACCCUUCGCUGGGAAUUGA